AUAAGUAAGCUAAUAUAGAGAAAACUUCACCACUAGUGCAAAUAAUAUUUUUUAAAUAAUAACAAUUACUAUUAUAUUUGUUAUAAGAUCAUGUUCAUUAUAUAGCAGUAUCUCUGGAUGUGUGUAUGUUUGUGAUGUUGUGUCGGCGCGCGCUCUGAAGGCUUUAUGAAAGUGCGACAUGGGAGCGCGCAGUGGCAGGGACGCGCGCGCUCGCGCUCGUGGCGAUUCUCAACAGUGAAGCGGUGGCGCGCGUGCCUGCGUCUCACAUACCGGCUCGAGCCGGUAUCAAAAUCUGCCGAGAGAGGCGAGAGAAAGAAAGAAAAAAACCGCAAAAAAAUUAAAAUAAAAACCGGAAAAGUGGGGGAAACGCGAGGACCAGCCGGUUAGAUAGGUGAUGCUCGCGCCGCAAACGGCGUCACGUUUAGAUUAGAGCACGCGAGCGAUAAUAUUUUAAGGAUCUCACCGGAGUUGUGGUCUGUUUUAUUCACAGAGAAAUAAGCGCGUGCCCAAGUUGCUCUCCAUUCACAGUUAUAGGAGCUCGUUAACGUUGAGAUGAGGACGUUCAGGUUGCUGAAAGGAAGGUAGCUUGUUGUUGUUGUUGUGUUUUUUUGUUUUGUAUUUUCGAGUGGAAGCACGACCACCGAAUUUUUUCCCCACGUUUUGUCCAGUCAUCAUUUUUGACAGGACGUGACGAGUCGACCAUGAUGGGACGGACGCCCACUCUGCAUGGCUGCAUGAAGCCCAACGUCUACCCGCAGGCUCCCGACGGUGGUUGGGGCUGGGUCGUGGCCGUGGCCUUCUUCUUUGUCGAGGUUUUCACCUACGGCAUCAUCAAGGUCUUCGGAAUCUUCCUGCAGGAUCUCACCAGCAAUUUCGGAGAGACCAACAGCCGGGUGUCCUGGAUCGUCUCCAUCUGUGUCUUCGUCAUGUCCUUCACAGCUCCUCUGUCCUCUGUGCUGAGUAACCGGUUUGGAUUUGGGCCGGUCGUGAUGGUCGGGGGCGUCCUGAUCAGUUUGGGUACCAUCACCACCGCCUUCACCACAUCCAUCACUCAGAUGUACAUCACCGUGGGCCUCAUUACAGGCCUCGGUUACUGCCUCACCUUCCUUCCCACCGUCACCAUCCUCUCGCAGUAUUUCGACAAGCGCAGGUCACUCGUCACGUCAUUCGCCUCCACCGGAGAGUGUUUCUCGCUUUCCGCCUUGGCGCCAGCCUUCAGCGCGUUGAAAAACCAGGUUGGCUGGCGUAACUGCAUGAUUGUUAUAGGGCUCCUACAGGCUUCUGUGAUUGGCUGUGGAGCCCUGCUCAGACCAAUCAUCCUACAGCCUGAAUGUUCUAAGCAGGAAGAGGAACUGGAAGGUCCUCAGUCUCCCCUUAAAACGAGUCCCGAAAACAAAUACGAGCUGGAGAACGAGUUCACGCACACGUCGCUGAACUCUGUCGACUCCGGUGUUCAGUCCAUCUCCUCAGCGGAGCAGAACAUGGCCUCGUCAGAAACCUCAGAAACAGACCUGGAGGAGGUGGAGAGAGGAGAGGGCGAGGGUGAUGAUUGGGUACUGCCUUUCACUCCUCUAAAACAAAAACAGAACGAGGAAAGAAAAAGGAAAUUCCCUGAUCUUUCGCUGCUAAAAGACACCAGCUUCAUUUGCUACUCCCUCUUUGGCCUGUUCGCCACGUUGGGUUUUUUUGCACCGCAGCUCUAUGUGAUUGAGCUGAGCGUGCAUUACGGGGUGGAGCGCAACAAGGCCACCUACAUGCUUUCCAUCAUGGCUGCGGCUGAGAUUUUCGGCCGCCUGUCCAUCGGCUGGCUGAUGAACCGCAAACCCAUCCGCAAAAUCUACAUCCUGCUGAUCUGCACGGUGCUGCUGAGCCUGGUGCUCGCACUCUUCCCUGCUGUCUCCUCACAUUUCUGGGCGCUCGCUUCCUGUUGUGCCGUCUGCGGCUUCCUGUUUGGCACGGUCGCCUCCAGCCACAUCCCCAUGCUGGCCGAGGACGACGUGUUGGGUAUGGAAAGGAUGACGAUGGGUGCCGGAGUUUACGUUUUCAUCCAGAGCUUUGCCGGCCUCGCUGGUCCACCACUCGCAGGCAAGUUGGUAGACGUGACUAAGGAUUACGGCUCAGCGUUUUACUCCAGCGCGGCCGGGGUGUGUGUCGGCGCAUUGUUCCUCUCGCUGGUGCGACCGGCUAAAACCGGUUGGAAUUGCUGUAGGAGGGACAGGAAGUGUGUAAAACAGGAACAGGAAGUUAGGCCAGAUGACUUCCUGGAAGUGGACAUAAUUCUGGAGCAAUGAGGCAACAAAGGACACGGCACAUGUCUGAGAUACAAAACACACACAAACAAACACGCACAAAACUUGAACAAUACACCCAAAGACGAACUUUACAGACACUGAUUCCUUUUUUUUUUUGGUGCCUCGUUUUCUCUCCACUUGUAUUUUUUAUGUUGUUUUUUUUUUUUUAAACGUAGUUUUUCUCUGACCAAACGAAACCUCAAGCUGGUGAUGCUGCUGUUCUCAUCGACAUAGUCUUGAUUUUACUAUUUUGUGUUGAAGUUGUGCAGAUCUCAGUAAGGGUGAGCUAUAUGUUACAGAGGAUAUACUACAUCACCAGUCAGCACUGCUUUAGGCAAUACCAAGUCGCCAACGCUUUUUUCCGUAAUUUAUUCCUCAAAACAUGAGGCAGUAUUUAAAAAGAUUAAUUUCUGUGCAGAACAACGUUUGUUAGCGUUUCUUUUCUACGAAGUAAAAAGCUACUUGUUGCAGUACAUCCUCAUAUUGCUUGCCCCUGCCUCAGCGCUGUAUUAUUUUAUGUAGUUUACACCACGGUUUGUUGUUCUAUUCAUAAUGACGCUAAUUAGAGGGCAAUUAUGCCAAAAUGUCAACAUAAAUUGCUCGAUGAAAAGUAGAAAAUCAUGCAGAGAGUUUAAAAUUAAAAAAACAAAAACGUUCCAGUCUGAUUUGUUCAGUGGCAGAGAGAGGAAUCGGCAGUCCAAUGCAUUUAAAGCUUGACAUUGGAUACAAAUAGGGUGUGGUCAUUAAUAUGGGGUGGAGUUACAUUCAAAUUGCUGUUUCUCAGAAACAGUAAGUGUAUUUUUUUUGAUGAUGACCUGAUCACUUGGGGGCAAAAAAAACAUAGCUGCCAACAGCCAAUCAGCUUUCAGUAGGCAUUUGACAAGGUUUUAAAUUUUUUUUUUUUUUAACGAUGAAAAUUCUCCUCAUUUGUCGUCUUAAACCAUAAGAAUUUGCCCUUUUGGAUCAUUUAGCCUUUCCCACUUUCGUUUAAGACUAGUUUUAGGAUUUUUGCCGUAGCUACCAAGGACUAUGGUGGAUGAAACUCCAUAAUUAUCAAAAGCAUUAUGAGAUUUGAAAACUCUUGUACAGUGGAGCUUAAUGUACUCAAAUAACUGAAACUCAUGAUUGAUUGCAUGGAUUCACACACACACACAAAAAAAAUUGGAGGACAAGAUUCAAGAUUCAGGACAAAAUUCUGGGGUGUGGUCAUUCAUGGGGGCGGGUUUUGUUCAAAUAGCUGUUUCUCAGGAACUAUAAGUCUGAUCAAGCUGAACUUUAGUGUAUCAGUAAUUGGAUUUCUGAUGGUUACUUCAGCUCUCAGCAGGCAUCUGAGAGAGUUGGAACUGAGGUAUUGUAACAAAACUCGAACAAAACUAAUUGAUAUUAAGAAUGUAUAUACUGGAAAGAAAUCAGAGGUUGUCCAUUUUUCUAGAAUACCUUCUCGAUCAAAACACGCUGCAUGACUUCUCAACUGAUGUUGAAUUUAAACGACUCUGUUUGUGUAUUAUUACUGCAGUGUGCGUGUGUGUAGACACACAACACUGUAGGCAUCAUAGAUGAUCUGUCACUUAUAGCUAUUAUAACUGCCACUCUGACCAGGGUAUAAUAUCAUGAUAAAAUGGUGGUCUCCCCACUCGAGGCAUUGUUGAGUUCGUAUCUGAAACGUGGGCCUUCGUCAUUCAUGUCUGAUGUCAUAUGUUUUCUCAAACUUUCCAAGUUAAACUUGUGUGGUGAACAGAAUUACAGGAUUGCCUUCUCUGAGAAGGAACCCUCAGCAGACAGCUGUCUUUGUACCUUCUAAGGAACCGUAGGGGACAGACUUGCUGUCCAAAAGUGCUGCCUACUUUCUGAGUAGUGCACAGCCAGGUGUUCACGCUAACAACAUUGUGCAUGUUGAAUGUGCUAAUAUAUUGUGUAAUUGAUGAGUGACACUUUUCUUCUUCUUCUACUUCUUCUUCUUCUUCUUAUGCUCCAGGUAGAUCCAGCGACAUGUCUUCCAUGUUGUACAUUUCUUUUUCUUUGUUAUAAAAGUGUAAUAGAUGAAGAAUGAACUUAGCAACAAUGUUUUUUUUUUUUGCUUUUUAAUUUUUUAAAAAAAAUAUUUAAAUCCUGUCACUACCACAACACAAAUCAAAGUCAUUCGUAUUUAUUUUGAUAUUUUUAAUCCGCUUUAUUUAAAUUCAUUAGCAAACUUGAAUAUGUUGCAGGCGAGAAACAAUCGGACUCAUAAAACCUACAAGUGUGUGUAAUAACGUUAGGCCCCACUCUAAUACGCAUUUAACGUGCCCUUCACUUCCUGUCACCAUUUCCCCUUGGCUCUAAGACGAGGGAUCGAGUGGCCAUCACUCGAGAUUUUGGAAGUUGUUACCAUGAAGCCAUUACUGCAAUCUGACGCAGAUUCCUUAUUUCAAAAUGGUGACUAAAGCUGUUUAACAGAAGCAAUAAAAUUUCAAACUUCUGUACAGCGGAAGUGAGAGAACUGUUACUUUACUCAGCUAGCUAGUUAACAGGCCUGCUAGUUUGCACCUCAUAUAGUGACAGAGUGUAUAAAUCUCAUGCACAUUGUUUGUAAUGUGCCUUCUGACUGUACGAAGGACACGUUAAAAGCCGUAUUGGUGCAUGGGGAUGUUUAGACUUGAACACACACACACACACACUUUAUGACUUGAAUGGCUUUGAUUUAUUGUAUAUUGUCUCAGCCAUAAUGUUAUGAUUGCACUGUAUGUUGCUGGUGGUUUCAUUUUUUUUUUUUUACAUCACACAUUUACAUCUUAUUUAAUGUUUGUUCCAGAUUUAAAAAAGAAAAAAGAAUAAAAGAAAAUUGUGUGCAAUGAAACCAAACCACAAUGUAGUGUUUGCCUCUGAAAUGCUGCAACUGCUGUACUGCAAUUAGACUCAUAUUUACACAAGAAUAAACUCUGUUAUUAAUUUUA